AUGGCCUUCACAGUCUUGUCAGACAAUAACGUGAAGCAACUCUUCCAGGGCUUCGGCCCGGAAGACGUGGCCCUCAUGUCAGAUGUUCUCACCGACGCCUUUCUCUCCUACUCCGUCGGCCCCGAAGCGCAAUACCAGCCCCACCGCGCCGCCGUCGUCAGGCCCGACGGCACCACCGGCCUCUUCAUGCCGGCCACAAUGGAAGGCGGCAUGUCCGUCAAGGUCGUUGGUCUCCCGCCGCCGAACUCCGCGGUAUCCGAUCUCCGAUGCGUCCUCACAAUCUGCGACGGCACCGGCAAGGCUGUAGGAAUCAUCAACGCUGAGGAGCUCACGGCAUUCCGGACCUCGCUCGGUUCUAUCCUGCUAUACAGGUACCGCAAGGCGACGGCCAACAUCGUCGUCUUUGGCGCAGGAAAGCAGGCGCUGUGGCAUCUCCGACUCGCUCUUGUCCUCCGCGGCAAGGACAUCAAGACCAUCACCAUCGUGAACCGCUCAAAGGAACGCCCGGCUAAGCUCAUUGAACGGCUUCAGGUUAUGAGCAAGGCCAGCGGCGUGGGGAACACCGACUCAGUAACUUUCACUGUCAUCGAAGCGACACCAGACACAGCGCCAGGCAACUCCGAGCUGCGUACCGCCGUCGAGGGGAGCGACGUCAUCUUUUGCACCACGCCGUCCACACAGCGCAUAUUCCCGGCCGAUUGGUUGACUUCGGAACGCGGCUCGGCCAAGACCCGGUAUAUCUCGGCCAUUGGAUCGUACAAGCUCAACAUGAAGGAGCUCGACGCAGACUUUCUGCGUGCCGUCGUCGACACACCCCUCGGAGCUUUUACGUCUGCGGAUGGCGGGGCCAAGAAGGACGGCGUCAUCUUUGUGGACAGCCGCGAGGCCUGUUUCUUGGAGGCCGGCGAGCUGGUGGAGGCCAAGAUACCCGCUGAGAAGAUUGUCGAGGUCGGAGAGUUUACUGAUACGCUUCGCAAGGCUGAUGAGACGGAGGCGAAGUUGCUACGUGAGUGGCUUGAGAAGGGGUUGGUUGUGUAUAAGAGUGUUGGUAUUGGUAUCAUGGACUUGUCUCUGGGCAAGGUUAUUCUCGAGUUGGCGGCUAAGCAUCAGGUCGGCACGAUAUUGCAAGAAUUCUAG